AUGUUUGCGCGUCAAACGUUCUAUCCACUCCCCCCCCGCGCUCCCCGCUGCUCUCGCCGCUCUUCCCGCGAGGCACGAUCUCCUCCCAUUUGUCUCAGCCCUCUGUUGCCGCCCAUUCUACCUUCGCCCAUUCCCUUCCUCGAGCGACCGGCCUGGCAAGAGGGUGUGCGUGUAAGGCAACGCGCAAGCAGCCCUUCCAUUGGAGCACGCGAGGAUCGCUCUCCCCGCCGUCUCCCCUUAUUCCCUGGCCCAGCUUCCCUCCCAUAUUUCUCUUCCGCACCCUUGCUUUCGCACCCGUGCCCGCCCCUUUCUCCCCACCGUCCUGCUUAUCACCCCUCCCACGGAUCCUCGCAUGCAGCCCGCUUCUAUUCUCCGAUCCGCCUUCCGCCCAAGUUUUCUUCCCCCUCCCCUUUCCCCCGUGUCUCCACUUUGCACUUGCAGUGGACUAUCACCCCACAGGACGUCUUGUCGAGUGCCCCUGUGCCCCUCGCCCUUUCCCCCCUCUCCGCAGAUCACCCCACGGGGCGUGGUGUCCUGCACGUGCCACGGAUGCCAGAAGUGGAAGGAUUUCACAGCUGGCAGGCUGAGCUGGCCUGCCACGUGGUAGGCAGCCACUGA